AUGUUUGCAUAUGCAGAUCAUUUGAUAGACGACUUAGAAUUUGCGUUACUAUUUGAUUACAACCUGUCGAAAUCAAUUUAUCCGUAUUGGAACUAUGAAGAAUUUGAUUUCCAAACUUGGGAUGAGGUCGAGUGUCGCACGGAGUUACGUUUUGAUAAAAAUGAUUUGCCCUUGUUGAUGAGAUAUCUCCAAAUUCCUGAGCGAAUAGUUUGUGAACAAUGUACGGUGUGUGAUG